AGCAGCAGCACCGUGAGUAAAGUGGCUACACGGCGUGCCAGUCAGUCCGAGCAGUCGCUCGCAUCUCAGAUCCGCUGCCGCGCUGCGAGCCUCGGAUUGAAGACAUCCGCCAAGUCCCGGUCCGUCCGCUCCACCUGGUGACGCGCGGAGCCGAGCACCGACAGGCCACGCACCGAGCCGCUGCCUCCGCACAGUGUUGCUUUCCUUGCUGUAAAAUGCAACUGCGGUCUUUGUGGGAUAAAGACAGCAUUCACACUCAGCGCUGAAGCGAAACAAGGACACGCACCAGGGAAGGGGGGCCAAGAGAAGCGAGCGCCCGGAGAGGUAAGCGCUCAGCCGGCGGAGGUGUAAACGGCAGUACUCCAAAGGUCUAAUUUAUCUGUGAUGAGCAUCCCCAUCCACCAGAGACCAAAGGUACGGCCUGCCCCUGUUGUUCCCACUGAGAGGAAGUGAUGUCACGCCACCACCACCGCUUUGAGAGGGACUACCGGGGACCCUGGGAUCGGCGAGACAUUCGUCUGACCGGCCUCCACAACGGAGGAGCCAACCACAGCUGUGCCUCUGCCGUCGUCAAUGGCAACAACCGCCCGGGGCUCCUUCCCCUCCCGGUCAUCCCUUCCCUCCUCCCGACCCCAGUUACGGUUGCCGUGACAACAUCGAGCUGCGACCUCGCGGUCAAGCAAGCCAUCACGGGAGCAGGUUCGGUGGCUCAGGCGUCGGCCAAGGUUUCUGGCCUGUCUCCUGGAGACAACCAGACCCCAGGACUGCUGCUGGCUCCUGGAGUCAGAUGGGGACAGACGCCCAUCAACCAGCUCACACCGUGGGAUACAGACGAGCCCCCUGCCAAGCAGCACAGAGACGGCGAGCCCACAGGUCCGACCUGGGCCACGUCAGUUGCAGCCGUAAGCCAGUCAAGCCUCCUUUCUCACAGCUACGCCCUCCCUCAGCUGCCGUCGUUUACCCACAGCGUGACCGCCCAGUCACCCAUCAUAGGAGUGACCCCGUCCAUCCAGACGCCUGUGGCACAGCAGCACCCCCUCAUGACCACCCACUUCCAGCUCACGCCUCAGUCCACUCAGCAGCCGCCCACCAUGGUGUUGAGCAUGCCCAGUCAGCCUCCAUAUGCAGCAGCUCAGCCAACGGUUACGCCCUCCGCACUCGCUGCCCAAGCCAAUCAUGUGGUCCAUCCCAGCCCUCACAGCAUCAUGGGCAACGGCCAACUAACCUCUCACUCCAGCCUCCUGCAGCCCCCCACCCUACCUCUCACCAACGGACAGGCGGCGCCGGGGCAUGCCCCACCUACAUCUGCAGACAAUCAGGAGACUCCCAACGGGCUGCAAAUGCUGCGGACGGUUGGGAGCGGGAAGUACGAGUUCAGUGACCCGGGACACCCCAAAGAGAUGUUGAAGGAGCUGAACCAACAGCGCAGAGCGAAAGAGUUUACAGACCUGAAAAUUAUUGUUGAAGGCAAAGAGUUUGAAGUCCACCAAAAUGUUCUAGCUUCCUGCAGCUUGUAUUUCAAGGACCUGGUGAAAAGGUCGUCGGGGGAGACUCGGAGCGGGGAGAUGCUGGAGCUCAAGAUGACCAACAUCGGCGCAGAUGUUUUGCAGCUUCUGCUGGAGUUCGUCUACACGGGAUCGCUGGUCAUCGACUCAGCCAACGCCAAGACGCUGCUGGAAGCCGCCAACAAAUUCCAGUUCAACACCUUCUGUAAAGUCUGUGUCUCGUUUUUAGAGAAACAGUUGACUGCAGCUAACUGUCUCGGAGUGCUGGCUAUGGCUGAAGCCAUGAGUUGCACCGAGCUCCACAACAUGGCCAAAGCUUUCGCGCUGCAGAACUUCCCUGAGGUGGCGGGUCAGGAGGAGAUUUUGAGCGUGUCCAAGGAAGACCUGGUGGCGUAUCUGUCCAACGACAGUCUCAACACAAAGGCUGAGGAGUUGGUCUAUGAAACGGUCAUCAAAUGGAUCAAACAAGACCCCGGUUCCAGAGUUCAGAAUUUGUCGGAGCUCUUAGCGGUGGUCCGUCUUCCCUUCAUCCAUCCGUCCUACCUGCUCAAUGUGGUGGACAAUGAGGAGCUGAUCAAAUCCUCGGAGGCGUGUCGCGAUCUGGUCAACGAGGCCAAGCGGUACCACAUGCUGCCUCAUGCGCGGCAAGAGAUGCAGACGCCCAGGACCCGGCCGCGGCUUUCUGCAGGUGUAGCGGAGGUGAUAGUUCUGGUGGGGGGGCGCCAGGCCAUUGGGAUGAACCAGCGCUCCUUGACAGCUGUCACAUGUUUUAACCCCCAGAACAGUAAGUGGUACCCGCUGGCUAGCCUGCCCUUCUACGACCGCGAGUUCUUCAGCGUCAUCUCAGCGGGGGACAACAUCUACUUGUCAGGAGGCACCGAGUCGGGGGUGAUGGUGGCUGACGUGUGGUGCUACAUGUCCCUGUUGGACAACUGGAAUUUGGUGUCCCGGAUGACCGUGGCUCGCUGCAGACACAACAGUCUGGUGUACGACGGCAAACUGUACACCCUCGGAGGACUGGGCGUGUCUGGGAACCUGGACCACGUGGAGAGGUAUGACACCAUAAUCAACACGUGGGAGACGGUUUCUCCUCUUCCUAAGCCGGUUCAUUCUGCUGCUGCCACGGUGUGCGGAGGGAAGAUCUACGUUUUUGGGGGUGUGAACGAAGCCGGGCGCUCAGCGGGUGUCCUGCAGUCCUACUUACCGCAGAGCAACACCUGGAGUUUCAUCGAAUCACCCAUGAUAGAAUAUUCAUCCUGGGAGGAGCCUACGCGCGAGCCACCACCAUCUACGACCCAGACAAAGGCAACAUCAAGGCCGGUCCCAACAUGAAUCAUUCUCGGCAGUUCUGCAGCGCCGCCAUCUUGGACGGGAAGAUCUACGCCACAGGAGGCAUCGUGAGCAGCGAGGGUCCGGCGCUCAACAACAUGGAGACGUUUGACCCCUGCACCAACACCUGGACGCUCCUGCAGUCACUGCCCUGCCCGCUCUUCAGACACGGCUGCGUCGUCAUCAAAAAGUACAUCCAGAGCGGCUGACAUCUGCUCGGACUGGGUCGCCACCAAACACCAGCUGAGCUCCAGUUGUGGGACGUUGCAUGAUGGCAGCUCAGAGCCGGGUCGGUCUGCGACCCCUGGACUUGAUGCUGGCAUUGAUCCGCACGGUUAGCCCCUCCCCCGUUCUCCAAACAGAGCCCUGUGCAGAAUGUACUCAUGUUCAGCUACUUUAGCCAUGCAGGUGACGAAGCCUGACCUCCAGUCCGCACACGUCACGGUUGUAGUUCAUUCUCAUCCAACCGGCACAGGGACCCUCCUACUCAUUUGGUUUAAAGCCCUCCUUUCAGUUCCGUCUUUUCCUGAUCUCUGAACUCACCACGCUGCCGUCUGGUUAUGGCACACCCUGACCUCAGCGAAAGCCAUUAAAGGUCCACGUUUUAGUUGCUUUGAGUGCAUUUGACAGCCGUGGGUUUUAUGGACGCUGAUGAGCAGACGUUUCGAUGCUUCUCAUUGGUGACAUCUGCACGGCCGUAGAAAACAGUUUUGAGGGGUUCUGCUCUCUUCACUGGGUCAGGAAACAAAAAUUCCCUCCGUGUGGGUUUAUGAGGUGAUUUUGAAACCAGAUUUGUGAACUCUCUGUGACCCAGCAACCCAUCAACAGGAAAUAAAGAUCACCUCUGGGUCAUGCAGGGUUUAGGAGGAGAAAAUUCAGAAUUUUCUUUCGUUGUUGUGUAAUUCCAGCGCGAUAGAGAUAUCUGGUUUCUACCUUUAACCACAUUUUUGCUUUCUGGAGGAAAAAACGAGAGAAAGAGGAAAUUCCUGCUUCUGCUGACUUCUGAUCCAAUAUUCAAGUUGGGACAUUUCCUCUGGAAAAAAGCACAAUAUUCACCGGUAACUGUUAUAUCUGUUGGUCCAUGGUUUCUUUGUGAUUCAUCAACUCCUCUUCCUCCCUUUUCUGCUUUCUACAGUGUGUUUUAAUGCAACCCACCAACGAUGGGUUGGUGUUCUGUAAAUACGGGACGGAAAUAUGUAUAUUUUAAAAACUGAAAGCAAUUCUGUAUAAAUGUUUUUAGAAAAGAACAAAAUCCUGAUAGACUGGAGUCACAGUAUGUCUGUAAAUCUGUGCCCAACAGAAGAAAUGAACAGUUGUUAUUAUGGAACCCAACAUAAACCAGAACUUAAGCACCA